GGAAGUUACGACGUAGUAGGGACUCACACACUCAGUUAGUAAACCAAGUUUCCAGCGACAUCACGGUCAGUAACUGUUUUGAAAUGAACCCACUCGGCAGACGGAGUUUAUGCGGCGAUAGAAGGCCGUGAUUGCGGGUUUGGGGGCCCGGUCCGGCCCGGUUGCUCUGGAUUGCGCUGAUUAUGGGUCAGACUGCUGUGUCUGCUGUGUCCCAGACCGCGAGCGUUGAUGGGUUGGAGAAAUCAUCAUCAUUGGCCAGCUGUGAUGUGGUGGUGGACAGCGCCACCAAUACCCAGAAUCCCCCUGCGUCGCGGCAGCAACGAGGAAAACUGUCAUCAUUAGGAAAACUGUUCAAACCCUGGAAGUGGAGGAAGAAGAAAACCAGUGACAAGUUCCAGGAUCUUUCCAAAGUUCUAGAGAGAAAAAUCUCCACCAGACAAACAAGAGAGGAGCUCAUCAAAAAAGGAGUUCUCAUCCCUGACCAAGAUGAAUCUAUCAACAGUCAAAAUCUCAACGGCCAUGCCACAUCCAGUGUGACAUCAGAGGAGGUCAAAGUUGACAUAGAGUCUCCAGAAACAGUGCUGCAGGAACAGGCUACUGGUCCCGUCCGUACCGAGGACAAACCAGCCAAAUCCUCCCAUCCAAAAAAGACAGGAGGCACAGCGAAAACGACCCCUGCCUCCACCUCCAACCCCCGCUCUCGUACAUCGAAGGAUGCAGGUGGUCCAGCACAGACUGACAGGACAAAUGCACGGACCAACCGCAAAUCAUGCACGCCCAACUCUUCCUCUUUACCUCACAAGGCCACCACCGUAGAGACUCCUAACCAGUCUGGGACGUUAAAGCCAUCGCCCAUUUCCUCAGACACCAAGGCGGCCUUAUCUAAAGCCUCAGGCAAAGAGACUGCUCUGUCUGCUCAGUCUGCUCAGUCUGCUCUGGAUGCCUCUGCUGUGGGUAAGGAGACCCACAAAGGACUGACUCCUGAUGCCACAGCAGUCCAUUCUGCCCAUGUUAACACUGUGACAGAAGACACUUCCUUCACAGAGGGAGAGACGGAUAACAGCUCACAGGAUGAGAACGAAAGAAAUGAAGAGGGAGGAGAGGAGGAAAAGAAGAAUGGAGAAAUAGAGGCUGCUGUGAAGAACAGUCCCAGGUCAGCAGAGGGCCAGUCUGAAAAGACACAGGGUCUGAGUGUGAAAACAGAUCAGGUCUUAGUGACGGUGAUCCCUGAUAGGCCAAGAGACAGCCAGACUAGUGACUCUGACUCUGACGGCCCAAUCCUGUACCGGGAUGAGGAGGAAGAAGACGAGGAAGACGACGAGUACACGAAUAGUUCUCUGGCCAUCAAGAUCCGGCGGAGAGACACUCUUAACAUCAAGCUCAGGAACCGACCCAGCAAGAGAGAGCUGGAGGAGAAAAACAUUCUGCCAAGGAGCUCGGAGACGGAGAGACACGAGCUACGCCAGCAGAUAGGCUCCAAACUCGUCAGACGCCUGAGCCAAAGACCCACCACAGAGGAGCUGGAGCAGAGAAACAUCCUUAAGCAGAAAAAUGAAGCGGAGGAGCAAGAAGCCAAGCAAGAGAUUAAAAGGAGACUCUCCAGAAAGUUGAGUGUGAGGCCCACGGUGGCAGAGCUCAUUGCUCGAAGGAUCCUGCGUUUCAACGAGUAUGUGGAAGUAACGGAUGCCAAGGAUUAUGACCGGCGGGCAGACAAACCCUGGACACGGCUUACUCCUGCUGACAAGGCUGCUAUUCGUAAGGAGCUGAACGAGUUCAAGAGCCGAGAGAUGGAGGUUCAUGAAGACAGCAAACAGUUCACCAGAUUCCAUCGACCUUGAGAGCGCUUCACUGCCACAAAACCCUCUGGACCACGUUUCCCAGCAGCCCUCUGGCCUUCUGGACCCUCACUACACCGCUCACAUCAACUCAUGAUGAUCUUUCUCUAUAAUGAUAGUUAAAGGUUUGUCUUAAGGCGCUGGCCAUCCACAGACUCUGGAACAAAAACAAAUAUAAACACAUAUCUAUAGUCACAACAGUAUGUAGAACUAUUUAUUGACAGAUGUGGAGAGCAUACUGGUAUAUGAAGUGUUUCUCUUCCCUUUCUUCGGUUCACUUCAGGCCUUGUAAUAAAAUGUUUCAUCGGGGAGGAGAAUAGCCUUGUAGUAAUGAAUGUGACCCAAGUGUUUCUGUACAGGUUGUGUACAUGCCACGGUAUUCUUUGUCAUAAACUGCCAAAUAACCAUAUAUGGGCAUCCUCUUAGAGCGGAAGAAGGGAGUGAUUGGUUGGUUGUGUGCCGUUGUCAGUGCCUGUGUCAUAGAUGAGAGGUUUGUUCUGCUUUCAUGUGCCUCUCGGGGCUUGAAUCUGAAAUGCUGCAGUUAAUUGUAAGACAUAUUUGAAGUAUAUUGCCACUAGAGGGCAUUAUAUCAUAAGAGCUGUAGCCUGUAAGGAUGAAGGUGUGUGUGUGUGUGUGUGUGUGGAUGAAGUGUUGAUAUUUUAAACUGCUGAAGCCGAGGGAGCAGUGGGUACCUGAGGCUUUAAUAAUGAAGUGCAAUGGAAAUCGCACCGGUUUAUAGCCCCGUACUAAUCACUCGGCACUCCUGAUGAUACACAAUAAUCAUGUGUCUUCAUAUAUCUUGUGCCGAGUUAUGCGAUGCUUAGAUUCAAGUUUAGACCUCAGUAUUUCAUUUUAAGUAAGUCCAAGUGAAUCGGUGCAAAAGAAAGGAGUUUCACCCCUGAAUGUACCAUGUAAAAGGAGAUCAUUAACGUAGAGCUGCAACGAACGAUUAUUUUCAUAGUCGAUGAAUCUGUCCAUUAUGUUUUCUAUUAAUCGAGUCUUUGUUUGGUUCAUAACAUGUUGAUAAAUGUGUCAAAUGUUUGAAGUGAUGACCAAAAUCUUUCAAUUUCAAUGAUUUAUUUGUCAAAUGGAGCAAUGGAACCAGAUUCAUAUUUAUUGUUUUAAUUACUAAAAAAAAACAACCUAAAACCAAAUAAUCAAGGAUCAAAAUAGUUAGUAAUCGAUUAAUCGUUGCAGCCCUACAUUAAUGCAUAGAUGGAGAACUUAAACCUAUAAAUUUCACUUUCAGAAACAUAAAAAACUGGUAGAGGAAAAAGAUAAAACGCGGGUGUUUAUUGUUGCCAAGCAUUUUCAUGCAAAAUUCAAACGACCACAUUCGUGAUUCUUGAUAGCGAUUGACAGGUUGAGCGUGCUGACUUGUUCCCAAAUAAUAUUUUACAAAGACUAACUGAGAAGGACAAUUAUUCUGUCUGUGUUUGAUUGUGUGAAAGUUGCAACAUGAAAAUGAUGUACAGUGAUGGAAAAAACAACAAACAGUAUUCAUCUAUGUCCGUGUCUAUGUUGUUAUAUAUUGAUUUUUGUACAGAAUGUAUAUGGAGCAUGUGCAUACAUCGAAAUGAAAUUUACUAUCAAUAUUAUAAUACAGUGAUGUGAAAGUUUGAAGCUCUGAUUUUAGUUUGGGUUUGCCUCACCUGCCUGUUCCUGUUUUCAAACUAUACAAGAAAACAUUCUGGAGGCAGUGACGAUUCUGAUUAGUCAAUGUCCUUAAUGCAGCUACGUCACUGGUGGUGACUCGGUUUAGAAGCGACUUGUAAUCCACUUGUUACCCAAACUAGAUAACGGGCUACAACAGUGACACAGACCAGAUUAUAAACGCUCCAACAUGCUCACGUUUCAAAACAGUGGUCUUUUAUAAUCCAGGUCCGUUUUGUGAGUCCAUGUGAAAGUACCUCGGUAAACAUGAACUGCUUUUUAAAAGACUAUCAUUUAAAUCAGGUUUAUUUUUAAGUCCAUGUACAGUGGGUGUCGUACUUGUAAAAAGAUAUGAAGACAGUUGAAGUGCAUUAAUUGUACAGAGAUCCUAAGUAUUCAUUAAUGAAGUAAAAAUGUCCUUAGAUGUGAUUAUGGCUACAUUUUAAGUAUCGACGUACCACUUAAUACUAAUGUGAAAUCGUGGAAUUUAAAUGAAGUGGCACCCACCAAGAACACGUUAGAAAUCCAAUUUGUGUAAAGGAUUCAAACAUAUAAAUAUUUAUUUAUAAUACGAGUACUUAUUCCCACCUAAAAUAUUCAGUGUGUCAUUAAAGUACCAAACAUUCAGUCAUUUUAGAGUCAUUUUAAAACACUUGCGUUCAGCUUGAAACUUUUGUGUGUUUUUUAUUUGCAGCUGCAGAGGCCUUCGUAAGUUCACGGAAAUGUUUACAUUUGAAAAUGCCUCAUGCAUUUUUUAUUAUCCUCCCCAUUUGUCAGUAAGGUAGCAGGAGCAUUUUCUUUUCUUUUCUUUUUCCCCCCACAUAAGGGCAGCGCGAUGCUCAAAGCAGCAAAGACCUGGGACUGGAUGUUUCACAUGGACUCCAAAUACCUUUACUGUGUAGGAUGAUGUCAUGCUGUAUAUCCCCCUCCACCCCCAAAAAACUGCUACUGUUACAUGUAAACUGUCAAAACAUGUAUAUUGUUUUUGUAUAUAAAGAAUCAUGAAAAGCA